AUGUGGGGUACCUUCCAGAAAAUACGGACCGGAGCUCCGAAGCUGGACGAGAUCCUGAAGGAGAUUCAGCAACCUGGCGCGGAGCUGCGGCCUCGGAGCUCUCGAUAUCCGGGUUCCAUCCCGGCCGCGCGCAAAAUGAACGGGGGCACGCGCACUUUUGGGGAUCCCCCCCCGCGGCUGCUCCAGCUUCCUCUCGACGUUCGGCGCGAACACCGAGAUGCUCUGCGAGCAGAGGGUGCGGCACUGAGAGGGGACGUGUUCCCCUUGAGGGAGACGAGGAGGUUUUCCCAGCUGGUCGAUCGGCACGCCGAGCUCACGGUCGUCGCUGCUGUCGGAGGCCGGAGGCUUGCGGAGCACGAGCUGCUGGCAAAAGGCCGGGAGCAUGAGGUGUGGUGGGAGAAGCAUCUGCGGGGUGAGCUGGAAAGAUUGCGGACGGACCAAUUACUCCAAGGCGUCUUCUCCCGGAGUAAAUCCCAAUCGGGGAGUUCGGCAGCAGUGACCGGGGUCGCGGGGAUCGGGAAGACAACGAUGGUGCAGAAGAUGGUUCACGACUGGGCCACCGGGAAAAUAUUUCAACAAUUCCAGUUUGUCUUCUGUUUCCAAUUCCAGCAUUUGAACACCAUCAACUUUCGAUUAAACCUAAGGGAGCUGAUUCUGUGUCAGCAUCCCUACGUCGGGAAUAUCCUGGGAGAGAUCUGGAAGAACCCAGAGGGUUCGCUGUUUAUAUUUGACGGUUUGGAUGAAUUCCAGGACGUAAUGCAUUUUGCUGACAGCGCGACGGGCGCAGGAACUCGGGGUCUGUGCACUGAUCCCGAAAUCCGUUGCAAAGUAUCCGAUAUUGUCUACAGCUUAAUCCAGCGCAAGCUGCUCCCGGGCUGUUCCGUGCUGGUGACCACCCGCCCCGCUACGUUACGCUUCUUGGAAAAGACGGAUAUUUGUGCCUGGGCUGAAAUCAUAGGAUUCGUUGGUGAGGAACGGAAGGAAUAUUUCUGCAGUGCAUUUGAAGAUAAGAUGUUGGCAGCAUCGAUUUUCAAACACGUGGAGGAGAACGAGACGUUGUACACCAUGACCUACAACGCCUCUUACUGCGGCAUUCUUGCAGUGGCUCUGGGUCCCUUUUUCGCGCAAGGGGACAGCGACCCAGAGCGGGUUCCCAGGACCAUGACUCAACUAUAUUCCCACUAUAUCUACAACAUCUUGAAAAACCAAAUGUGUGAGAUUCAAAACAUCCGGGAUGUCUUACUGAGAGUUGGUCAGAUGGCCUUCGCAGGAGUGUCCGAGAGGAAGACUGUGUUCACAGAUGGAGAUUUGAUCAAGUACGACCUGCAGCCGUUUCAAUUCCCGCCCAGGUCCCUGACGGAACUCCUGGGGAGGCGGGAGUCUGCCCAGAGCGUGACGUACGCAUUUCCUCACCUCACCGUCCAGGAAUUUGUGGCCGCCCUGGCGCAAUUCCUGACCCCAUGCCGCCCGGACGUCGGGAACCUCCUCACGGAAUCCCACUGCGCCACGGACGGGCGAUUUGACUUGUUUCUCCGCUUCUGUGCGGGGCUUUCCUCGCAGGAGGCAGCCUGCAUCUUCGAAGAACUUCUGGGUCCUUUUCCUCACGAAACAACCCGGCGAGUGAUUGACUGGGUGAGAGAGGAGCACGACAGUCACGUUGGCAGCGCAGUGUGCCACAAUGGUAAGAAGCGCCUCCUGAACACAUUACACUGCCUGUUCGAGGCUCAGAAUCACGGGCUGGCCGAGGCCACACUGGGAUCGGUGGAAACACUUUCAUUCAGCGGGCUGCGGCUGACCGCCAUUGACUGCGCUGUCCUGGCUGACGUCAUCGGGCUUUGUGAUGCGAUAAAUCAUCUCGAUCUCAUGGGCUGCCUCUUGCAGGGCGAAAGCCUACAAAGACUGGGACCCGCCCUGCACAAGUGCCACGUCCUAGGACUGGGGAACAAUGCCAUCGGAGAUUCGGGAAUGGAGCUGGUGUCUGCGGCACUGCGGAAUUCGGAGUGUAAAAUACAGAAACUGUGGCUGAACAAUAACGGUCUCACGCGAUCCUGCGCCGAGGACCUCACCUCCGCUCUCGACGCAAACCGCUCCUUGGCGGAGCUGGACCUGGGUGAGAACAGGUUGCAAGAUUCAGGAGUGAAAUUACUUUCUGCGGCUUUAAGGAACCCGGACUGCCAAAUACGCAAACUGCGACUGCGGGACGUGGACCUCACUGCUUCCUGCGCUGAGGAACUCUCUUUCGCUCUCAGUGCAAAUCGGUCACUGACGGAGCUCGACCUGGGUGAGAAUCGUCUGGAGGAUUGCGGAGUGAACCUGUUGUCUGCUGCCCUGAGGAAUCCGUGCUGUAAAAUAGAGAAACUGCGACUGGAUCAUAACAGGCUCACGGCUUCUUGUGCCGAGGAUCUCGCCUCCGUCCUCAGUGCGAACUAUUUCCUGAAGGAGCUGGACCUCGGCUUUAAUGAACUGGGCGAUCCCGGAAUGAAAUUUCUGGCUGCGGCUCUGAAGCACCCGGAGUGUAAACUACAAGCACUGGAUCUAUGGGACAUCAAUCUCACGCCUUGUUGCGCCGAGGAUCUCGCCUCCGCUCUCACCGCAAACCCUUCACUGACAGUGCUGAACCUGGGUGCCAAUAAACUGGGCGAUUCAACGGCGCGGCUGGUGUCAGAGGCUCUGACGGGGCCGGAGUGUAAACUGCGGGAUCUUUGUCUCUGUGAUGCCGGCCUCACCGAUUCCUGCACUGAGUAUCUCGCGUCCGCCCUCUGUGCAGUCGACUCUCUGACAUACCUGGACCUGGGCUCGAACGGGUUAACGGACCUAUCUGUCCCCUCUCUCCACUGCCUCAUACAGACUUCUGCGAAUCUGCAGCGGAUCAGACACAGUGUCGGCACCGCACCUUUAUCAUCAGAACCUGUCCGUGAAGCAUUAGCCCGUUUUUCCCCAGCUUGUCCGAACCACGCUGGCGGCCAUUUCGAUCCCCAGCACGGCUCGCCUAUCCCGCCGCCGUUCCUCCCGUUCACCGCACCCCUGAGCUAUAUUCGCUCUCGCAAACUGGAAACCGUUGCCGUGGCUGGGGCGAGCACCCUGAUCCCGUCGGUUCACACCAGUCACGGCACGGCGGCCGGACGAAUACUUAGGAAUUCCAGGCUGCGAGCGAAUCGGCUUAGCCCGAACGGAAAGAGGGAACUGGAGUCGCUGGAGGAGUGCAGACCGGGACUGCGAGUAAUAGUGUGA